UUGACGUUUGACAGCUGGUUAAGAGAAAAUUUUAGUUUCGAUCCGAAGAUUCUUCUCCGUAAUUAUAUCGUUGUCGUGAAUUAAAUAAUAAAUAUAAACUUUAGCAAACUCUUACUAUAGUAUCAGUUAUUACAUCUAAAACAUUUAACAGCAGAAGGAAAGCGUCGUGCUAUUAAAAAUGGUUUUACAAGAAGACGCUCAGAAGAAGUUUGAGAUGACCCAAGAUCUGGUGAAAAUUUACGAAUGGUUGUUGAAUAUGUAUAUGUUGGACUUUUACGUUGACCAUCAAUGGAGUACUCUUCCGGCAUCGUGGAAUGAAAGUCUUCAGACUAUGGAUCCCGAAGAUUUGGGAACCUUACUCUCAGGUGCACCAAUAAAACAUAUGCUACCAUUAUCCUUGUUAUCCCUAGUUAAAUGUGCCCACACGCUAAGCAUAUCUCGGAAAAUGAACUAUAAAACUAGAAUUAUUGAAGACUUUCCACAUUCAGAAGUUGCUAAUAAUCCCAAAUUAAAGAAUCUGUUUUUAAAACAUGUGAAAUUAAAGAAAAGGCACGAGAUAAAUUUAAUGGCUGAAAUUGUUAAUGAAACAGCAAAAUUAAGUAAUUGCGGAGCUGUUCUGGAUUUUGGUUCUGGGCUCGGCCAUCUUAUGCGGGUUUUGAGUUACAAAUAUGAUUUAUUUACAAUGGGCAUAGAAUCUCAGUCACAAUUAACAGAGCAAGCUAGGACUUUCGACUUGGAACUAGAGUACACAGCAAAGAAGCAUCUGUCAGAAGAGUUGAUGUCGAAACUUAAAAGACCAACACAUAUAAACUUAACACUAACAUCUUCUGAGCAGUUGCUUCAGCUGCCUUUAACUGCUAAUAUAACUGAGUAUGGCUUAAUCGGUCUUCACCCGUGUGGUGAUUUAGGACCACUAUUGCUUAAGCAUUUCAUUAACUGCGAAAAAGUUAAGUUUAUUUGCAUAGUAGGUUGUUGUUAUAUGAAAUUAUCUUGCGAUAUCGAACCUUAUGGAUACCCUAUGAGUGAAUAUGUUAAGAAUUUAGGAAGUAAACUGACUUUUACAAGCAGGGAGAUAGCUUGCCAUGCUAUUGAGACAUACGCUGAAAGGCUGAUGAAGGGAGAAUAUGAGUAUUUGAAGAUCCACGCGUUCAGGGCGGCUUUGGAGAAGAUCUUAGUGGAACAUGAUCCCGCAUUGAAGCACUCCCCUGUCCGCAGCAUUAAACAUUCUAAUACCAUGACUUUUGACAGUUACUGUAGUGCCGCGCUGUCGCGUCUGCACGUGUGUCUGUGCGCGGAGGCGGUGUCCGCGGGACACGACUGCGUGUCUCGAUGGAGGCACGUUGUACUGCUCUACUCGCUGCGGCUGCUACUCGCCCCCGCUGUAGAGACACUAGUGCUACUCGACAGGAUGCUCUACGUACUAGAACAUGGUCUUCAGUGCGAGAUUCGGCCAGUAUUCGAUCCGAAAAUAUCACCCCGCAAUCAUAUAAUCAUCGGUAGAAGAAUCUAGUUGUUUCUUGUUAUAAAACUAUAUGUAUGCUAUUUUCAUCAAAUAUAAUCUAUACUUAAAAUUAU